AACAAGCAUGUAUAAAAGUUUAAUUUCUGAAAUUUAAUGAAUAUAUAUACAAAUCAACUAUUUUCUUGUUUUAUAAAAAAGUCAUAUUCUAAAAUACAGAAAUCUAAAAAAAUGAAACUUUUUAUAAAUUAAUAACUCUAUAAAUGAAUAAAUUUCAUAUUCCCGAUAUUAUUAAUUUAUAGAGUUUUUACUGCAAUAAGAUUUAAAGGCUCUAAGCCUUUUUUCUUCAUUACUUUUUUAUAAAUGAAAAUAUAGAUUUGUUUCCAGUAUUGUUUACCAGCUGUGAUAUGAUACAAUGUAUUACCAUUAUGUACCAUAUAUGAUUAGGACUACAAAAUAUUAUGGUUAGGACUAGAAAAUAAAAAAAAAUUAGGAAAAAACAAAAAAAAAAGUAUGUGUUUGUCUAUAAAAGUUAUAGCUACCUAAGUAUAGGUAUUUAUCAUUAACAUUGCUUUCUUUCAAAUGAUAUAUAUAUGUUAUGAUUCUUCUCCAUGUAGGUUCAGUAGCUCUUGAAAUAUCUCAGUUUUGAGGUUUUAUCAAUGCUAGUUUUGGAGGUUAUAGUGUCAUUCUCAAGUGUUGGUCUAACAUUUUCUUGAAGGUUGUAAUAGAUUUACUUAGAGAAUGAUCAUAUCAGAGAAAACUGGUGGUGGGUUAUCAUGGAGUAGGGAUGAUAAUAUUGCUUUUGAGAGAGCUCUUGUGGUUUAUACCGACGAGACAGAUAAUCGUUGGGAAAAGAUUGCUGACUCUGUUCCAGAGAAAACUCUAGCACAAGUUAUAGAACAUUACAAGAGUUUACUUCAUGAUGUUAUGAUGAUUGAAUCUGGAAUUGUACCUCUUCCUGAUUAUAAUGAUGUCACGAUAGAAACAAAUGUUCGAGAAAGAAGCAUUGGGGAACGUAGUAUCAAUCGCAAAUGUGAGUAUAAGCAAGAAGAUGAACCAAAACCAAAGCGACGUAAGGCGGUUCCUUGGACACCGCUUGAACACAGUCAAUUUCUUCUUGGUCUAAAAAAAUAUGGGAAAGGUGAUUGGCGUAGCAUUUCACGUCACAUAGUAUUGACAAGAACACCAACUCAAGUUGCAAGUCACGCACAAAAAUACUUCGCACGUCAUAGAGCUACGAACAGAAGCAGACAGAGACAUAACAUUCACGACGUCAACGUUUCGGAAAGCAGUAACAUCUCAGCAAUGAAAGCACCAAUCACAUGCCAAGACGCUCAAGCCGCUUCGCAACCAUCGGUAGACCAUCAAGCAUAUGAGACACCAGCCAUAUGGAACACAGAAGCCACUUCACCAACACCACUAGACCAUCAUGUAUUUGGGACACCUACCAUAUGGAACAUGCAAGCCGCUUCGCAUCCAUCAGUGAAUGUUCAUGUCUAUGGCGCACCCACUAUCGGCCAAUCAAUGGUUGGACGAUAUGUCUUACCUUAUGGAGCUGACAUGAAUCCCUUUGCGCCACCUUACAUGGCUUACGGGGCUCAACACCAUUCGACACCUUACUCCCCAGUUCCUAGUGCACCGUUCAACACAUGGACAGUUCCAGACAACAUGACAAAUAUACCUACUUCUCGUUAGGUGAGGUUGUAUUUUAUGUUUGUUUCAGAGGGUGUGAUAUGUAUAAAAAAACUUGACAUUCAAUUUGGCUUGUCGCUAACGUCAAAUUGCUUUGUUUUAUGUUUUAUGUUUUAAAUUUUUAAUUGUUUUUUCUAUGAAAAAUGUGUCA